UAUUUUCCUGCUGACAUAUCUUGGAAAAAAAAAUGUCAAGUUUGGCAAUGAAGAGUAAAAAAGGAACGGUAAUCCAUCGCACCACCAGUGAAACUCUGCGACUUGGUGACGAUAUUUUGAACAAUCAUAAUCAAGGACGUGUACAAACCACUAAUUCCCGAAAGAAGUCUCAAACCACGUCACCUAGCUGUUCAUUCCAAAUAACAGGCGUUAGUUUGACUCGUUACGAUGUUGGAGAUGACUCGGCUGAUGACUUGGAUGAAUCUCACACCGACGACAUAUCUAGGAUAACGGAUAACGAAACUCCCAGUUUCUCUGAAGACUCCCGAGACAAUGACGACCAGCCACAGCAAAUUGUGUACACUACAGCUGCAACAGUACCUCUAAGUGCGCCAAAAAUCGACACAGAAGCUAAACGAAAAGAAAAAGAAACCAGAGAUGUGGGUCUUGGCCGCUUUAAGGUAGUUAAGAUAGAAAGUGUUGUCCCUUUUAGUAGAGGCCGUUGGACAUGUUUUGAUUACUUAGACCAGUCAGAAAGUACCAAGUCCUCCUACGUUUUUUGCAAAAAACUUGGAAAUGAUCUGCCAGAAAUUUUGGAUUCAGCAAAACCUCGCACGUGUUCCGCAACUGCAUUUAUAGAUCCAAAUUAUAUAGAAGUCGACGACAGACAAAAAAGGAUUCCAAAUACUUCUGCCUUUUGGGAAACUAACUGCCAGGAAUCCUAUUUAUACUCAGGGGCCAUAAUUAUGCCUGACACUACCGCCCUGUUUCCGGUACCACUAGCACGACCUCCAAAAAAUAAGGUCAAAACUUCUUGUCCAACAACUCCUAAUAUUAUACCACUGGUUAGACCGAUUAGACCUUCAAGGCCAUUUUUCACUUCUCCUAGUUUCGAUUCAGCUAUGACAAAUGCAGCAAAUGAUAAGAAUAUUCUAAUAAAUACUUGUCCUGCCAAAAACGGUGUAGAUGUAGACAAUCCUCAGGAUAUUUGCAAGGAAGUAGCUAUAGAGGAUCCAAACAAAAACGCUGGGGCGUCAGUAUCUUGUACUGCCACCAUUGACACAAAAAUUGAACAUGCUUUGGAUGUUGUGAAAAAUCAUCUGACCCAUGCAGUUCGUCUAGAGGUAGAAGAGCUGAAGGUAAAGAUAAACGAAUUGGUUGACCGCAUAUCUUAUUUAGAAUAUGAAAACGAUUUGCUGAGAGCCAAUGUGGCCCCAGACGUAUUGGCGAAUUUGGGAAAUUCCGGAAGAAAGUGAACAACGUUGGUCUGUGUUUAAAAUGCAUUUUUUCAUAUGUGUACCCCAAAGGUGUGAUCGUGACUAACCUGUAUAAGAGAUGCUUGGUGCUAUGGAAUUUGAUAUGUGAUUUAAAUUGGUUGUUUAAACCUCUAGUCUUCGACCUAAUUAGGUUUUCAGUAAGGAUAUUUUUUCUUCUAUCGGACUGCAUGUUAUUACGGAUGAAUUAAAAUUAUGGCUGUGCUAAAACUCAUAUACAUACUCAUAUAAUGAAUAGUUAGAAUACCCAGUGUAUGCGAUAUUGUUUACGUUCGUGAACUAUUUUUCUAUUAUUUAUUGUUAAGUUUCACAUUUGGUUUGAAGCAAUACCAAUAUCACGUAUAGAUUUAAAAUUAUUCUUAUAAAAUCUUAAUGUCAUUCGAAAUCGAUAUUGUUAUUUUCUCAUUCUAGUAUUACUACAAGUAUUAUUAUAGGGUAAACUUUUACCUAUUUCCGUGUUAUAGACAUGUAUUUUAUUAAUAAUAGCUCAUUAUUAGUUUAUAUAACAAAUAA